AUGGACCAACUGACUAAUCUUACGGUGUGGGAUGUGAAAGAUGUCUUCAAUAAAGUCAAAAAUGCAGUAAUGAAUUAUACUGAAAUGGAGGCUAAAGUGCGCGAGGCUACGAAUAACGAACCUUGGGGUGCUAGCAGUACCUUGAUGUUGGAGAUUGCGCAGGCGACUUACAACUAUCAGUAUUUCAACGAAGUUAUGCCUACUAUUUACAAGCGAUUCACGGAGAAAGAAGCUCGACAAUGGCGCCAAAUCUACAAGGCACUGGUGUUACUGGAAUUUCUCGUCAAAAAUGGAUCAGAACGUGUUGUUGAUGACGCUCGCGCUCAUAUGGCGACUAUUAAGAUGAUGCGUGAUUUCACAUACAUCGAUGAAAAAGGCAAAGAUCAAGGAAUUAAUGUACGGAACCGGGCAAAAGAACUUGCCGAGCUCCUUUCUGAUGUUGACAGAAUUCGCGCAGAACGAAAAAAAGCCCGUGCGAACAGGCAGAAAUACACUAGUGUCAGUUCUGAUUCGCUUGGAUAUACCGGUGGAUUCAGUAGCUCUUCAUCGCGAUAUAGCGGAUAUGGAAACGAUUCGUAUUCGUCAUAUAACGACGACCGAUCUACGUCCUUUUCUCGCUCACGUUAUGAUGAUUACGACUCACCAAAUUCCAAUCGCUUCUCAUCUGGAAGUGACCGUCGGUCGUCUCGUAUAACCUCUACGCACUCGCGUACGAGCUCACUGGCUGAUACGGCUGAUAACGAUACUCCUGCUACAACUUCGAGCAAGAAGGUGGAACCGAUAUUGGUUAGCUUUGGGGACAAGGAUUCAGUUGAAGUUAAAGAAUCGAAGAACACAACCGGACAUAAACCGAACGUGUCAAUUGACGACGACUUUGAUGACUUCCAAUCUGCUACCACAAUUUCAUCUACUACAUCUACACGAAAUGGCCCGAUAACUCCUUCUGGCGGUUUGAAUAACACGAGUGUGAGCAUUGGUAUCGCAAAUAAUAAUGUUACCAGUAAUACUAGCAAUAACAUUACUCCCGUAAAUGGCGCUUUCGGAACAAAACCACUAAUUCCAGUAAAUACUAGCACGCCCUAUCAUGUCACAAAUAAUCUCAACUCCAGCAAAGUCGGCGGAACGCAAGCCAAUUCCUCCUCUUCAUCUGCUUUUCCAAAACUAAAAUCAGACGAUAUCUGGGUCCAAGCAUCUGACCUAGUCAGUCUUGACUCGCUAUCUCUGAAAGACACUCCAACUACGAAUAAAUCUACUGCGCCAUCCAUGAACACGCUCGCAAUGGCUAAUGCGAAUAACAUUUCACUCGGUGGAACUUGGGGGGCAGGAAGAGGCGGUGGGUUGGGGAGUGGAUCGACAAUGCAAAUGAAUAAUGGAGCCAAGGGAAAGACACAAAGUUCCGCGGAUCCUUUUGAUUUGUUAUAA